AAAUCUACAUACAAAAACAAAAUGAACUUCAACAAAAUUUUCGUUCUUUUGGCUGUCUUCAUUGCCGUUUUCGCUGGACAAACUGAGGCGGGAUGGUUGAAAAAGAUUGGCAAGAAAAUUGAGCGCGUGGGUCAACAUACUCGAGAUGCCACCAUCCAGACGAUUGCCGUAGCGCAACAGGCCGCCAAUGUUGCAGCCACUUUGAAGGGAUAAAUUGAAUCUGCUCGGAAGUUGUUACAACAAAUAUUUAUGUACUUAAAUUAGC